AUGGAUCGAUCUGUGACCCGUAUAUUCAAAUCAAGUCCCAAUCUGAGUCGUCUAACCACAGUCAUGAACUCAAUUAGCCGACCAUCUGCUUCAAAUGCUUCAAAUGCUGCAUGGCUGGAAGAUAUCAUUGUGGAGAUCUUCAGUACAGAUGGAUCCAUGUUAUGUCUUAACCGUACGUCGUAA